AUGUCUCUGACCAGGGCUGAGAGGACCAUCAUUGUGUCCAUGUGGGCCAAGAUCUCCACACAGGCAGACCUCAUUGGCACCGAGACCCUGGAGAGGCUCUUCUCCAGCUACCCCCAGGCCAAGACCUACUUCCCGCACUUCGACCUGCACCCGGGCUCCGCGCAGCUGCGCGCGCACGGCUCCAAAGUGCUGGCCGCCGUGGGAGAUGCGGUCAAGAGCAUCGACAACGUGGCGGGCGCCCUGUCCAAGCUGAGCGAGCUGCACGCCUACGUGCUGCGCGUGGACCCUGUCAACUUCAAGUUCCUGUCCCACUGCCUGCUGGUCACGGUGGCCUCGCACUUCCCCGCCGACUUCACGGCCGACGCGCACGCCGCCUGGGACAAGUUCCUGUCCAUCGUGUCCAGCGUCCUGACCGAGAAGUAUCGCUGA